AUGUUCCGAGUGCUCUUUUUGUUUGCUGCUGUCUUCUAUGUGGUCGAAGCUACUGUAAUAAUUCCCAACCCUACAGUUCCUUCUAAGUGUAACAUCUAUAAGAAAGACUUGUGUUGGGCACUUGUGGAUUGCAUCUGUCGACCAUUCCAAAAUUCUUGCCUAAGGGAUGCAGAAAACGAGCUUAGGAUUAAGAAUCAUAAAACACCAAUUGUGCCCGUAACGGAGAAACUAUGCAAGCAUUUCAUUCCGAAGGUAUGCCUCUGGGGAAGACCCGUGAAAGCCUACUUCCCUAAGCCUCCAAAAUGCGGCUGUCCGGACAAGCCGGGUACCAUAGACGAAAUAACGUUUAAGAAUUUCUGCCAACUACAGAAAUAUUCAGCCGAAAAGAAUGAGGCUUAUGUGUCCUACAAAAAAUGCUCUUUGAUAAAAUGA